AAACUCUCUCCUGCAGCUUUAGAACUCGUCCACUGGAAAGAACCAAAGAAGUCUGCCGUGGCUUUCGGCCUGUCUCUGCUCGUCCUUGUUUCCGUGGCAACGCUGUCGGUCAUCAGUGUGGUGUCCUACCUGCUGCUCACCUGCCUGUGUAUCACCAUCACCUUCAGGGUUUAUAAAUCUGUGAUCCAGGCCGUUCAGAAAUCAGACGAAGGUCAUCCAUUCAGGUCUCUGUUGGACAGGGACAUCUCGUUGUCAUCGGAGACGGUCCGGCAGCUGGCUGAUCAGUCUCUGGCUCAUUUGAACUGGUUCAGUAAUCAGACUCGGAGGCUGCUGCUGGUCGAAGACUUGGUGGACUCUCUCAAGCUGGCUGCGGUGAUGUGGUUGAUGACGUACAUCGGGUCGAUCUUUAACGGCGUCACCAUCCUGAUCCUCGCGGAUGUCAUCUUCUUCACGACUCCUCUGAUCUACCAGAAGAAGAAGACGCAGAUUGAUCACUUCAUGGAGGUGAUUCGGUGCAGAGUGGAGGCGACGCUGCAGAAGUUACACGACAGGUUACCUGGAGCAGUGAAGAGAACUAAAACGGAUUGACCACCUGAUCUGCAGACACUGUGGCCCCUCCCCCUCCUCUGAUUGGUAACCUGAUCUGCAGACACUGUGGCUCCUCCCCCUCCUUUGAUUGGUAACCUGAUCUGCAGACAUGGUGGCCCCUCCCCCUCCUCUGAUUGGUAACCUGACCUGCAGACACUGUGGCCCCUCCCCGAUCUCUGAUUGGUCUGUUGGUCAGUGAUUUACCUGCCGAAAAGAGACUGAAAAAUAAUA